UACAGAAAAAUUGUACAUGUCUGGUCUCCUGCUACUAGUGCUUUGUCUCUGUGGAUAUACAUAUCUUAAUUGAGCUGGUGUGUGGUAUACUUGGGUGCUGUGCUCUCACAUUCCACAGCCUGGAACUCCUUAGUGUCACCAAUAGGAAUGUAUCUCGACGACACACAGGUUUUCGACUUAACAUUAGGACAUCACUCCCACAGUUGUGGAAGUAUAGCCAAGGAACAAAAGAACACUGCAAUAAAAUGACCAUUGACCAACAACCACAAAACAUUUUUUUCAAUACAUAGGAAAACAGUAUAUAUUUUAAAAACGUAGCGUGGUCCUUGUAUACUCAAUGUGUGUAGAAGAUGUACUCAUUUUAUUUGGGUCACUUUUAACUUCCAAAGUAAACUGUAGAGAUCUUAAGCAAUUCACACUAUUACCGAAAGUCAAUCUCGUAACUGUAUCUGUAAUCCCUGAAAACUGUGGCUGUUUUGUGUUCAAUAUGAAAAUUGAGGCUAGCAUCUUUUUGCAUAGCAUCCUUUGGAAUUAAAAUUCCUGACACAUAAUAAUUCAGAUCAAAAUGAACUGAACUCGCUCACACUCAACCCAUAUGCUACUUUAGAAUCUCAUGACAAUACACAGCAAGACUGCACCAACACAAUAAAAUAAACACCAGUUCAUUGUUAAAAUACAGACAACCUGAGCACAUGACUGACAAAAUGCAUCGUAGUGAACUGCUCAACAAGUCAACUGGCUGCAGCCAGCACAGUACAUAGUACAACAUUUUUCCAUUUAUAAAAAGAGAUUAACAUUUACCUUGCCGAGAUUAUAAAGAAAAUGGUAUGAAAGAAACUUUGAACAUGACAAAAUGACUGCAUCUGGAUGGUUAUAUUUAGACAUUUUUUGCUGACUGCCCCCUACAGCUUACUGGCAUCACUGCAUGAGUUUGCACAAACCUUGGAAUGCACAUUCUAAAUGGUAUUUGAGAUUUUAAAUAUAUAUUUUCUAUUGCAACAGGCAUUAAAUCAAAUUAAUCAGAGAUCCAAUCAGAAGCGUUAUCCAAAUUGAUCUAUGAUUAAAAGAACCUGAAAAGCUAAAAAGUUAGCUCUAGCUCUGGCUCUGGCGUACUUGAAUGGCAAGUGGGUUGCAUUGACAUCUGUAGGUAAUUCCACCAAAUACAGGCAUUUGCUUUUGGCUGUUGUUUGUUUUUAUGUAUACAAAUCCUGAAAGUUCUCUGCUCAUCAACACAAAUGGACGCCAGUGCUAUAUGUUGGCCCCUGAAACCUAAAGCAUGCUUCUUUGAGAGGCUGUGAAAUCUGUGUGCAUACAUGUGAAUGGCACUAAAGAACACUGAUGUGAACCUACACAUUAUAUAUGCAACUGCUCCUUAUCCUAGACUUUGAAUACAGUGUGUGUUAUAUAACAAAUCAAUCAACUCAGGUCUUCUUGUUGCUUAAAAUUGGUUAAAUGAUACAUAGAUGGUGAAGCCAUCCGAUAUUGUAAGUGAGGACAACGUCACUACAGCAUGUAAGACCAAUGUAUGGAGAAAGCAUUGUGUAGGAAAAUUAGUCUGGACUACUGUUACAAAGUGGUUAUGUAGCACCUUGUGUUUAUCAAUUACUCUAUUUUGCUAUUUAUACUAUCAGAAUGACGUCUUUCUCUUUCUUUCUCUCUUGCUCUCUGUUCUCUAGCACAAGACUAGAUCAUGUAUAUGGAGCUGUUUUUUAAUGGAGAGUUCUCAUUCUCACUGUUGUACCAGACUGGAUCCACACAGUGGCAAUCUAUGUUUGACUAUUAAACUGCUUGAUUAUCUUUGUUGUUCCUGUCUGAUCGGUAUUUGAUUAACACAUCAAAAGUCAAUAAUUCUCACUAUUGUAAAUACAAACUGCGUCAACUGAACUGUAAUUAAACAAGUGUAUGGACAGCAUCCAUGUUCAGCUGGAAUUGGCUCAGAGGUGCAAAUAGAAGUUACAGUGUUUUAAAUUUACUAAGAACACUGUACUAAGACAAUUUUGCCAUAAAAAACAUGUAAUGACCAGGUUUUACUCUUUUCAUUAGAUUAACUGUUUCCAAAAAUCUGCCCAAGCUAUUUGUUUUAUUAUUAGCAUAGGGUUCAUAUCUUGUAUAAUCAAAGAAAGGUUAGCUUACCUUGCAAAUAUUAUAUUGUAAUGAAUCUGCAGAUAGCACAACAUGAGUUGAUAGUCCUCUCUUCCUCAUGUAUGAAGAUUAUAUGAUACUAUUAUAUUGCCUACUCAUGACACAAAUUCUAUGAUAUGGCAGCAUUAUUGCUAAAAUUAUCCUACCACACAAAUCAAAGCUUUGGGGUAUAAAUUACUAAUUCAUGACAUUUAAAGGAAGUGUUGGUCAUGCAACUCUCCGGAGACUACAUUUCACAUCUCAUUUUAAUUUUCCCUCAGUAAUUCAUAAAGACCCACGGUAACAUAUACAUGGAUACUUUGUGCAUUUUAAAAAGCCUUCUCCAAUAAAAUAAAAUGCAUUAUAGCAUACCCUAGCAAUUAAGCCCACAUUCAGGGGAUAGGAUGUCAUCAAUUUCCAUUAGGCUACUAUUAAUCAUGAUACAAUUUAAGUAAAAUAAUCAAGGAUUAACCAUAGCUUUUGAAUUUGACGUAAUAAAGCUAGCAAAUUCUUUAAAACAUGAUUAUUAGUGGUAUUUGUUUUCUGGGUUCUUGGCGCGCGCAAGCGCGCUUGGUGCACAAUGGAGAUGUUUGCGUGUGUGACAGAGCAACCGGAUAUCCGUGACCUGGCUUGAAAAAAAAGGGAAAAUGUGCUCACGUGUCCCGGAUAUACAAGAAUUUAAUGUAUUGAGAUAGGUGAAAUCGCAAUGGCAGACAUGUAUAUCAAACCGGGUAAUCAGGAGCGUGGAUGGAACGACCCCCCACAAUUUUCUUACGGUUUACAAACGGCUCAAGGCAGUGGCCCCAAACGUCUACUCAAUAAGAGAGUGCCACCUCCUCAACUCUCUGGACCUCAGAGCCCGUCUCCAGGGAUACCCCCUCCACCGAGUCUCUCCACUCCUCCCGCAAAUCCAACACCGCCACCGAGUUGUGGAAUGACCCCACCACCCCUGUGUAUGACCGCAUCACUGGCCCCGCCAUCACGGCCGUCUCCUGGGGUAGCACAGACAGAGUCUCCCAUCACAGACUCAGAAGGGGAGCCCAGUGUAGAUGAGGUUGUCGCCCUCCUUCAGUGGGCACUUACAGCCUGUAGGAAAUCUGUUAAGAAGCAAGUGUGUGAUGAUGUUGACAAACGUCUGAAGGUGUUUGAGGAUAUGUGGAAGAGUGGGAAGCUUUCACUUCCUGUCAAGAAGAGGAUGAAUCUUCUGGUUCAAGAGAUAAAAAGCCACAAUUGGAAUGCAGCUGAUGAAAUCCAUCGAUCUUUAAUUGUUGACCACGUGAAUGAGGUCAGCCAGUGGAUGGUCGGGGUCAAGCGCUUAAUUGCAGAGACCCGAAACCUUCAGCCUGAACACCUGUGUGCUGCAGACGCCGAGCAGACUCCGAGCUGCACAUCUGACGAUCCCAAUCCUGAGUAGUCUCGUUUGGACUUGUGCUUAAGCCAUCUGAAAAGGUUGUGGGAAUCAUGUGGCUGAAGGGCUUCCUUUGCAUACCUCUUGAGACUGAACUUUCUCCCCAGACAGUGUGGAAUGAUGGGGGAACUUCAAAGCUGCUGACUCAUCAAGCUCGACUCAUUGACUGCAUUCUCCUCCAUCCUUCUACUGUCUAUCUGCCUUAUCUUAUUCUAGCUGUACACGACAGACAGAGAGACACAGUCAAAGAGAGACAACUACACCGCAAAAGAAAGUUAAUGCUAUAUGGACUUGCUAAGACCUUGGAAUUAUGCAUGAAAUCUGUGUGAUUAAGUCAAUGCUAUGUAUCUCUCAUUUGUCUUCAGGAAUCAUACCUCUCGAAUCAGAAGUCAACCUUCAAGUUUAUUUAAGGCCAUUCUGCCAUAAUCUAUGUCAAGCUUGUUGUCAAGCAUUUUCACUGUGUAAUAUCCAUUAAGUAUACAAUUUUCUGUGUAUUUGAUUGGAUUCUCCAUUUUCUUCAGUUGUUCAGAUCAUGGUUGUUAUCAGUAACCAUGGUUUGUGUUUCUGUGAGGGAAUACAGUGCUGGUGCUUUGGGAUCUGAAAUUUCUAAAUAAUUUUUCCACUUUUGACACCUCUCUGUUUCCAUUUUACCUGUUUUGCACAUUUAAAAGACAACAAAGGGAAAGAAAAUAAUACUCAUUGUUAUUGACAGUUAAUUGUUACUGGACAAAAUUCUUUGUUACAAUAAUCUACAAUAUAAAUAAUCUGAAAAUAAUCUUCCGAAUGAAUAAUUAUCAUAAAUGACCAUACAUUGGUAACUUUUUUGUUAGUUUUUCUUCAUGUCUGCACACACCAAACUAAAUAUCCACUGUGAUUCAUCCAUUUAAAACAUAAUCUAUUCUUUAACAUUAAAGGCGUCCUAUGCAAGUUUUUUUUACCUGAACAGCUUUUACGGCAAUUGUUCAAUAUCCUACUAUUUGUAUUAAACAGUGUAAUAUUGCCAUGUCAAUC